GCGAUACUGGAUUGAUGUGGGGAAACAAUCAGGUUGUUUGUUUUCAUUUUUUAUGGAAACGCUAGCAGGGCACUGUUAUGUGAAUGUAACAUUAUUCUGGCGAUGAUUCAUAUAGGCCUCAUAAAGGUCAUUACCGGCUGAGGGCGCCUACACAUGUUUUUUGAGCAAGCAGAAAUCUCGAAUUCACCUGGGAUGCAGAGGUUCAUGAUACGGUGCUGAAACUCACAUUUUAAGAUUAGAUAACUCUCAAACUCUAGGAAAAUACUAGCUUGGAUUUAUUGGCAUAAGUCGGUGUAUUAUUACUCUUCGAUAAUGCAGGGAUAGAAAAGGUACAACUACAUACUGUGUUUGGAAUUUCUCUUUGAAGAUCUACUUUUAGCUACGCAGUACCUUCGAGGAAUUUGGGCACCGCAUAAGCGAGGAGAACAAGAAACAGAUAUGAAGUGGGGGAUUUUAUUCCUGGUUCUACCUUUGAUGCAGGCUAAAGAAAUACAACGAUUUGGCUGUUCAUUUGAGUCCGAUGAGAUUCCCCAACUAUGCGGACUAACUACGUACACACUAACCGACGAGGUCACUUGGAAAAGAGUGAAGGCUGCUGACAGAGAUGUCGAGAAUAUGCCACUCAUGGAUCACAGUAGGAGGUCCCCUGAAGGACACUAUGUAUAUUUGAAUGCUGAUGGUCAAAUCACGCCUGGUCCGAAGUGGGAAACAAGACUCGCCACAGAUAUCUUAUCCGGGUUCUAUAGAAGGAAACUGGUAUUCUGGUACCGACUUUAUGGGCAAGACUGGGGAACGUUAAGUGUAUACACUCGGGGGCCUGCUGUGCACACUGAGAAACCAUACUGGGCACUCUCCGGUAACCAAGGCGACCAGUGGCAAAAGGCAGAAGUGGUUCUCCCAACUGGGGAGUAUAGAGUGGUUUUUGAGGGUCGAAUAAUUAACGCUACAAACAAAGCAUGGACGGGAGAAAUAGGAAUUGAUGACAUUCGCCUGUACGACCUAGCAUAUCCACACGUAACAGCACACCCGUUUGUACAAUGGAAAAGAGAAGGCGGCAAGGUGAAUUUCAAGUGUGUCAUAAUCCCAGCUAAACAAGACGAUAACACUCCUAUCAAAUACGAAGUGAACUGGUUCUCAAACGACAAAAAGAUCACUUCAAUUCCAGAGACUUUAGAUGGUAUAACUGUUGGCACAUUGCCACAAGAAACCUGGAGACAAUACAUAGGAACAAAGUUAUCAUGCAAAGUGCGAUCCAUAUUCCAUGGUGAUACAGAGUUUGGUCCAUGGGUAGAAAGUAAUGGAUAUUUUGCUGGCAUACAAAUAUUAAACAGCGGUUUAGCAGUGAACGUUACAAAGGGCAAGACACAAGGUGGAAAGGUCAAGUUCAGGAUGACGGUGCCGCCAUCUUGCGAAGACCCCGAUUGUGAACUAAGGGUGUCGAUGAAAGAAAUCAAUGAUAGGGUUGACCCAUACAAUCAGCGGAAAAUGUGGUGUGGUAAAGAAGUGGUUCCCAGGGAAGAUAAAUUACUGAUGGCUGGCGAUUGCACGUACAGGAUAAAGGCGAGUACAUGGGACGAGAUUCAUGAGAUUGAAGUGAAAGCCAUGGGUGAUAGCACAUACCAAGACGCAGGGACAUCGAACAAAGGAAUGAUGAUGAUGGUCGAAGAAGAGGUUGGGAUGAAGGACAUGACACCAAGCUUUUGGCAGGAAUACACAGUACCUGAUAUUACAAUAAUGGUAAAGACAGAACCUAUGAACAUAGAAGGCGCUGUAUGCAAAUCCAUCAACGACCCACAUCUCACAACAUUCGAUGGAUGCUUUUACAACAACUACUUUCUGGGAGAGUAUGUUUUGUACAAACACAAGACCAUGCCGUUUGAAGUACACGCCAUCUAUAAAGAGUGUCAGGGAGCCAGUUGUAAUUGUGCCGUUGCAGUUAAGGUCACUGAUGACGUCAUUGUCAUUGACAGAUGCGGCAAGAAGGAAGACGUUGUUGUCUGGGGUGAUAGAUCAUUUGAGUCAAAACGAUUAAAGAGGACUCUUUUCCAAAAUGGAGAACUUGCAAGUGGUACAAAAUUAAUCCAAUCCAAUGAUGGAAAGCGAUAUGAGAUACAUUUUCCAACAGGAACAUACGUUGUAGUCGUUGCAAGCGACUUCGGUUUCGUAAACGCCCAUAUCUACCCAUCAUCAGCAGAUUAUGGACUCACUGAAGGCCUUUGCGGCAAGCUUGAUAACUACCCUAGCUGUAGGGGCAGGGAAAGGAACUGCUUUGAUUGGGAUAGAAUGUGGGUUGAGCCAGGAUGUAAAAAGGAUCUCAAAAUGAGGGACGGGAGUGAUUAUGCUGGAGAAUUUAAAGAUUACCUACAGCCAACUCCAUUCUUGAUGGAUUGGAGGAUCAACAGUUCGGCAAACAGUCUCUACAACGGCACAUUCCAAAACAAGCAGGCUGAAAUGAUGUACCCAAAGAAAUACUGCAGAUGCAUGGACCCAGACAACGGUCCUGCAGAGUUUGUUACAUGUACACCCGUAGACCCACAGGAAGUAUGCACCGAAGGUUAUGACAUCAUAAAUCACAUGCAACCACGUAUACAUAGAAAGAAAAGAUCGGCUGAUGGAGAUGGUUAUGUGACUGAUGACUUUGGUUUGGAGCAAGAUGACGAUGCUGAUGAGUUUCCAUUUGACUUUGAAUUAAAGGACCAUCAACCAACACAAACGUGGCCGACGCCAAGUGGUUGGACAUUAGAAAGAGCAGUUUCUCACUGUGAACGUCUUCUCUCUGGUAGUUUCGCUGGUAGAAGUGGAUGUGAUGGCAUAAGGACAGUGCCGUUUGAUGAUGUACCUGGGUGUAUUGCCGAUAUUCAGCUAGCAGAUGGUCCAAAAUGGGCUAAUGAUGCAUUAGACUCGUAUAAAGAAAAAUGUUCACAAGAAAUAAAGAAAAAUCUAACCCUAUGGGAACCCGAGCCAAGGGAGGGUCCUAAUGCAAUCAAACCCCCUUCAAGAAUCAAGUCCUAUCUAUGCCCAAACGACUGCAGUGAAAAAGGACGUUGCAUGAACGGGAUUUGCCACUGUAAUGAUAAAUACAUCGGCGCUGAUUGCUCUGUCAUGAAGAACCAGGCACCGGAAGUGUGGUACAUAACAAACAAAGGAAUCUGUGAUACAAGAGCUAGGCCUUGUCACGGACCACGAAUUGUUGGGAAACAUUUUGUUGAUUCAGAUUCUCUUACUUGCCAUAUCCAAAUACUAGAGGAAUCUACAGAUGGGACUCAACAUGGUGAAAAUGUAACGGUUGCAGCAACAUUUUUAACGUUUGAAGAGGUUCUCUGUCCUAUUGCAUCAAUAAAAAACCGACGUAAGAAAAGAGGCACUGAAUAUUUGGAGUUACAUCCCGAAACGUUAUCAAAGUACCUUGUUAUGAUCAGCAACGAUGGUGAGAUAGUAGGGGAGCAGCUUAUGUAUAUAACAUAUGACUCUUACUGCCAGGCAUGCCAAGGGUCAGGAUCAGACGUUUGUGUGAAAAAGCUAAACUCAUGUCUGAUCGGUGGAGAGUGUUUCGAAGCAGGCACCUGGUUGCCAUAUAAGGAGUGUUACGGAUGUAAUCCGAAAAUUGACACAACACAAUGGACUUACACUCCAGGGUGCCUGUUAGGCUGGCACAUUGGUGCUGUAUGUGGAGUGGCAGCGUUUAUUCUUAUCUGUAUUAUAGUUUUGCUCAUUGUGUGCUACUGGAGAAAGAGACAAAAGAAGUACAGCGCCCACAAAGGUAUAGCAACAGGCAAUCAGGUCACAUAUAGGGUACAAGAUAAUGAAGACAAUUGCAAAGAUCCAAUGCUCAAAAAAUCCAUAUGGAAGCCUGAAGAACAGGAGUCAAAUGGACGCACAGAUAUUAGCAAAGAAAAUGGUCAAAAUGGCCGGACUUCGAAGGAUGCUGAGACUGCUAAGCUUGUGUAG